AUGCAGAGGUAUCUCUCCAUUGACCUUCAGAGUCAGCCGGACUCUGAAACAAUCUCCAGCCCACUGCAUGUGAACGCUGGGUUCAGGGCCAGGGUUGACGAUCAUCCUGAAUCACCCAACGCCAGUCUGCGCAAGAAGAAAAAGGGAGAUAAAUCACCAUUAUCAAGACGAAAAGGGAAAGAACCAGACCCCACAGCUCUGCCUCCAGAAGCGUUUGAACCAAUCUUCAACUCUGCUAUAACUGGUAUCAACUAUCCAGGCAAUCAACCUCAGGGCCAGUAUGGAUAUCCAGGUGGAUUCUAUCCGUAUGGUCUUAUCCCUGCAGGUGCUUUUGCCCCUGGUCCCCUUGGCACGCAAACAUACGCAUAUCAAACAGUCCCACAAUCAGGUGCACCUGUUCAGGGUGCAUAUAUUGUUCAAGACACGCCUACAGCAACCGGGGGCAACAUGCGCAAGGCAUUUGCUGUUGAAGUAUCUCCACACAAGGGAACUCCAGAAAGUCGACGCCACAAGACUAAUGACCCUUUCAAAAAGGGAAAUGAACUUGAAAGAGCUGGACGUGGCCAGAUAAGAGAUGUUAUUCAAGAUCCAGAACUUUCUCUUAUUGCACGGGGUGCAGCCCCACCUGACCCCUGGCAGGGUCAAAGGUCAGUUGCUGUAAAGACUGGCACUGACCCUAAAACUGGUGUAAAUACCACUCAAGUGGUAUGGACAGACAUUGUACCCGACCCGACGGACCCGAAACCCGGGGAAAACCCACAGAUCACACGUAAAACAAUCACCAGGGUUACAACGAAAAGUGGCUAUGCCGAGCUUCAACCUGAGACCAACAUUUUGUUACUGGAUGAUGGUACAGAGCCCUCCUUCCUGGCACCAAGUGCUAAUAGAUCACAGCCUGCCAUCAUGCCCUCUAGCGGCAAUGAAAACAGCCUUCAACACCGGGGCUGGGGACCACCACACUGUUGCGCCCACUGAACGGUCAUUUACACCAACUUCAAUGCAUGGAGCCCCAGUGUACAACUACGCCAUCAGAGACAGGAUACCUAUGGAUGACUCCACAGUUUAAUGGGGGUUUUGUUAGUCAACCCAUCUUUGCUCAUCAAUUUAAAUAAUGACUGUCUUCUAUUUUUGUAUCAGAUCUAAACCUGAUAACCUCUGCUACACAAGUAACAAAUGCUAAAUAUUUGGCUAACAACCAUUUCAAUGAAUUAUUUUUUUUACCCUGUUUUACUGAACCAGAUUUCUUCUUGUGUCUUGAUCUCUUUUUUUUUAAUAUGUGAAAGCAGUAAUUAAAUUUCAGAAUAUUUCGCUAAAGCACCGAAGUCUAUGCCAUAACAUAAUUUGCACUAUAAAGAAUAACGCAUUGCUGAUUUGAAAACAUUUUUAAAGAAAAUGUACUUGACCGUUUUUUAAAAUAUAAUGUUGUAAAGGGUUUAAAUAUAUCUGAUUGAGAGGUAAUUAAAAUAAUGCUUAAGUAGACAUGAAUGCUCAGAUCAAAAGAAAUGUUUAUAAACAAAUAUAGCAAGUAUAGUAUUUGAAAGAAAAUUUUGUAAUAUUGUAUUUGAGCAUUUAUGAAUAAAGAUAAAAUAGAGAAAAUGUACUUGUGUCAAUAGGUAAACAGCAAAAUGAACUUUAAAAUUUGUUAAGAAAAGCUAACCUGUUUGAAGAAUUUUGUGUUUAUUUCUUUGCAUGCUCUCUUUUGACAAAUCACAAAAUAUAUACAUAAGCCUUGUCAUUAAAAAUAACUUUAAAAUUAUACUUUGUCGAAGAGAUA